GACCAACGGCUACGUAACGAUACAAAACCUCCACAGUCGACCGCGCUGGCUGACGCGGCGCACGCCUCUGCGUAUUUAGUUCUUUCCUAGAAACAAAAACUUCGUUUCAAUACUUAUUUGAACUAUUCAAAUAAGGAAUGUGAUUGCUUUUUUAAAUCAACUGAACUUUUUUAGUGCCAUAUAGUGAUGUUUUAGAUUUAUAAAAAUGGGUGUUCUGUUGAAGUUUUUCGUUGUGACGGUCGCUUUGCCGUGUGUUUUUGGGCAACAAGAGUGUUUUGGUGCUGGAAGCGUAGCCGGGGCGGCGAUUGGUGCCUUUAUAGCAGCGUUUAUUAUAAUCGGUGCCGCGUAUUACUUGAGGAAGUUGUAUUGGAAAUCGCGCAAAGGCAAACACCUGGUCUUCACAACAGACCCGGAAUCGGUGAAGGAUGAAUUCGCUUUUGACAACCCUGGCUUUAGACAGGAGGAGAAGCACUGGCAGAACGAAGCGCCAACCCUGCCUCUAGGCGGGAAGCCGCCCGCCCUACACGCAGAGUUCACCAAACCGGAGCAGAGCAAAGAUGAUUCACAUUUACAGAGAGCACGAAUCCGGCGAGUGAAGCUAUGGGCUCGCGAUUUUACUGGCUUGGGUCUGACGUGUGGAGGAGGCGCUCGAGAUGGAGUCAGCGUCCACUCCGUGCUCAGGAGUGGACCGGCCGCUGCUGCUAAACUUCAACCAGGUGACAAAAUCAAAAGCAUAAAGAUCGAAUUCAACGGCACUCCAUUAGAAGACGCGGUGGCUAUACUGUCGCUUGCUUCUCCUUACCCCGUGGAGUUAGAGGUGGUGGAAGGCGGGCGGGUGAGCGGCGAGGGGUGGGGGGUGCACCACCCACUGAUGAAGAGGGCAGGUUCCACUGGCGAUGUUAGCACGCUGGAAAAAGAAGGGAAACUCCUACAUCCCCCGAGAUCGCCCAAUACAUCGCAAUCAAACAAUUCUACACUUGAAACAAAACAUGGAAAGGUAGGCAUAAAGAAGAUUAUCACUGAAAAGAUAAUAACUACCACCUUAGAGAGAAAUAAGAAAGAGAAAAAAGAACCACCAACAACGUUAGAGAGAGAAAAUGAGAAGAAUUUGAAGCUUGCAAAUAAAAGACACUCAGAAAUUCCACCAGCUUCAAAUAAACCUGAUAGAAAUAAGAGCAGAAACUCUACUGGCAGCGACAUUCAAAUAAUACAACCGGAGAAUGGCAUAGGACAUAAUAUAGACCACGCUGAAGUACAGAAGAGGGAAUACGACCCAAAACGAGGUAUGAAAUUUGGUAUAAGAGUACUUCCGCCAAAUGUUCCUGAUGAUGGAGUGUUAAAACAAAAGAGCGUUGAGAACGGCGCCGUUGUACUAGAAAAAAAAGCAGUCGAUGAACCAGACAAACCUGAGCCACAAAGGCCUGCUCCGACAACUCACGUUAAACUUGAAAGUGAGACGGAACAAAAGAAACCAGUAGUUGCGAAGCGAAGGGAAAAAAUGGCACCACCUAUACCAAAUGCAAGAGUAAAGACGAAUGAAUCUGAUACAAAUAUCAGCCACGAAACGUCGAAAAUAUCUGAUACAUCGCUAUCGUCAUCAUUUUCUAGAACUGAUCUAAAUUCCAGUGGAAUCAAACGUGACGAGAAUGGUAUCCCUCAAGAGUUACCUCAACAUAUGUUCGAUGCGGCAAAGGCAGCAAGGAGUAAUAGAAAAAGUUCCGCAGAUUUGAUACAAGAGAAAGAUAAAGUAGAAUAUAAAAAAGAAGAAGCUCCCAAACCUACAAAGAAAUCCAAAGGCAAAGCACCAUCACCUCCAGAGGUAGAGAAAAACAAAAGCGAUGAUAGCAUAUUAGAGCAAAUGAAUAAUUUGCAUGAUUUCUUAAAGAAUGAAAAGUAUCACUCUAGUCUCUUACAUGACACAUCCUCAACAUCCACUAAAUCUAUGAACUCUUACAAUACUUCAACUCCAAAAGUGAAUAAAGCAAAAUCUCGCAUCGAAGAAUCUAUUAACUUUAGUCAAGAUGACAUCGACGAUAUUGUUUCAAAGCCAUUCAAGCGAGAAAGUGACUCACUCAAUAAUUUCUUUGAGGAUUCUAAAUCCAAUCUCUCAUCUAAUCAAGAUGUACAUUCAGUGGUUUCAUUAAACAACAGUGAUAAAAGUGAUAACAGAUCUACCACUAUUGAAUUAAAUAAUAGUGACAUCACUAUCCAUAGUUCUCCAUUGAAUGAGACUGUGCGUUCCGCUUCAGAUGAUACAUCCUUAGAUGAAAAUGAGCGCAAAGCAGCUUCCCUUGGCGAUUUAUCGAGAUUUGAAUUAAGAGCUAAAACGAGUAAACCAUCAACAGGUACUUUAGAAAGAGCACAGAGUUUAGAUAUAUGCGCAGAUGAUGGCGAAAUACAAGAAAGUACACUUUCGCCGAAAAAGAGAAAAGCUAUGUCAGUAGUAGAGACUACAUUCUUCGAUUCUGGUUCAGAUGAUGUGCUACUAGAUAAUGACUCAGACAGAGGUAUUGUUAUUAAGCAUAAGGAACCUCGACUUAGCUUAAAUGUAGCGAAAACGUCUGCCAUUGAAGGACUAAACACAUUCCAAAGAAAUCGUUUAAAGAAGGGUUCCGAAUUUGGCACUUUGGAAGACGCUAUAGUUAAAGGAUCUAAUAGUUCUAUGGAAUCGGGAAAACAUGAUUCACAAGAAAUAAUUUACAAGAAAGUGCAGACAAAUUACGACUCUCCACAAGAAAGUGAACAGCAUGAAACUUCCGAUCAUUUAGCGCGAAGAAUUAUGGAUGAAAAUCUAAAAGUCCAUAUGAAACUUGUAUCUGAAUUUGCUAAAUCUACUUCAGAUGGUAGUAAUACCAGUUCACUCGAUAGUAGUCAAGAAACUAAUACUGUUACGGAAGCUAAGACUACACCUGUAAAGUAUGAAGAGAAACUUACUAUGACUUACGACACCAACAUUCCGGACGAUAUGAAAGUGUCGCGUAGUUCGUAUGUUAAUAGUUUAGAAAGACCUAAAUCCGAAAUGAUGAAAAAGCUUUUAGCUAAGAAUCCAAUUUUCAAUGUUCACAUUGACCAACAAACGCAAAAGCAAGAACCAUCAUCAUCAUCAAGCAAAGAAAUGCCCGCAAUGACUGAUUCUUUUAAAUCAGCCAACCAAGUUCAUCAACCAGAUAUUGUAAACUUUGAUUUGAAAACAUCGUCUUCAACAACGGCAGCAAAAGCGAAAGACUAUGAUGAAUUUGUUAGUAAUAUAAGAGUGGGUUCAAAUAAUAAUAGUUUGAAAUUUAAUAAAAAACCGCUAGAAUCGAACGAAUGGCCAGAUACUAAAAAUAGGCAAGAAAUCCAAAGUAGCAAUAUUGUUACAAUUUCAACUGAUGAAAAGAAUUUACCGUCAGACGGAAAACGUAAUUCAUACACAAAGUCUAUAGAGAUAGGUGAAGCAAGUUUAAGAUUAAUACCAGAUUUGGUCGAAGGAACAAAAAGUCGAACCGAAGGAAAAGAAACAAGAACCCUGUACAUGGAACCGGCAAAUGUUUCACUUACGAUGAAGCAAGAGCCCGUGCAAAAAACUGUAACAGUUAAUGUUACAGAGGAUGAAUAUGGAAAUAAAGUAGUUACUCAAAAUGUAGAAAAAAUAUCAACGAGAUACAUCACAAAUAAAAUGGAGGCCCCGCUACAAGUGGAACAAGUAACUUUCGGAGUCAUGAAAGGUGGAGGUGAUAUAAAUGAGUUAGAAUUAGAAGAAGGUACCAACGUAAAAGAUAUAGACAGAAAAGUGCUCGAAGAAAUAAAGAGACAAAAUCCUGGCAUACAUUUUACAACAACAGAACCGUCCUACACAAAAACUGAAACUAUAAUUUUAAACACAACAGAAAUGAAUGAAGGACAAGCGAAAGCGUUGAUGGAGAAACUUCAGAGCGAUUCAAGUUUUAUGGCACAAAAGUCGACCGAGGAACUAUCUCGUAUGGGCAUACGGGUCAUCCAAGAUCUAGAAGAUAAUGCUAGCACAAACCAGGACGUAGUUGAAGUAACAAAAACAAGAUACUCCAUCAAUCCUUCGAAAAUAUCGAGUGAUAACCAAUUUUGUACAAUAGAAUCUAAAGAGGACUUACAAAAGGAUCACAUAACCGAGAUUCAAGUGGUAACACCGAGAACGGAAAAACUCGAACAGCAGAAGUCUGACUUAAGUAAAGACAAAGUAUCUAGCAGACAGCGAACGCCACCGUCAGUACGACAAUACGAGGAACCUCUGUUAACAUACGAGCUAGAUAUCGAACUGCUGAACGAUUUUAUUUCCAACGAGAGAUACCACUCAGCGAGACACCAAGCCGAAAUUAGAAAACGAACGAGUCAAAGCACAAACGAACCAAAGAAACGACAUUCAGAUUUCGAUUUACCUAGAAACAGUCAUAUUAAAUUUCGCACAGCAACUUACGAAUCUCCAAAAGGAACUAUCGUCACGAGCACUGAUUUAGAGAACAGGCGACUUUCGCAACUUGACCAAAUGCAAUUGAGGGCAACGGGUGAUCAAUCUGUCUCCAACUUAAAACCGGUCAUUUCGGCUAAGCCUUCAAACAUUCCUGUCAAAUUGACAGAAAAGAAACCUUUUACGGGUUUCGUCUCGUCGAAAAUUCCGGUGUUCGCGACACAGAAAUCGCAAAGUCAAGAGAAUCUUUCAGAUAAAACGUUUUCGUUACCUCGGUCACCCCCUCCAACGUUGAGCGGUAGUUCUGGCAACAUAUCCAUUACUUCUAUUAAAAGUAGUUCUAGAAGCCCCAGCGGUGGUAGAUUAUAAUUUAUUCUUACUUAUGUAAAAGCAAGCCGAUGAAAAGUGAUACAAGAAUAUUUGACCUGUUGUUACUUAGCGGAGAUGUGAGAGAGCAGGAUACUAAUCAUACCUUGAAGAAAAAGGACAGAGAUUAUGAGGGUUACCUCAUAAAUAAGUAUGCGAUGAUGGGUCUGAAUUUAUAUGUUUCGUUUUUCAUUGCCGGUUCUUUAAAUGCUAUAUAGUUAUAAUUCUGAAGGAUUCUGAAAUAAAAUGUUAUUGGCGUAAAAUAAUUAAGUCAUACUGUAAUAUUAGUUCUAAACAUUUGAGAUUUUUUAUUAAAUAAAUGACGUAAGUGCCAGAAAAUAAAUAUAAUGUUUGUUGAUGUACUUAAUAAUUUGUUCGAAAAUGGAACGAAAAUAAUGUGCCUUAUAAAUUAUAAAAUUCUUACAUAAAUAAAAUUAAAUAUA